AUCGGCCGACGGCCGGCGCCGGCGCCGUACGCCGUACGCCGCGGUCGCUCAGUCUGACGUUGGACGCCGGCCGGGCGAGUGUACGGUGACUGAGACCUGGCCGAGUUGAGCGCUCUGUGUGGAGAGAAGAGGUGAUCAGUGACCAGUGCAAGAGCGGACACCAGAUUGGUGAAGGUUGAACGAGGCGCCGCACCAUGUACUGCCUGCAGUGGCUGCUGCCGGUGCUGCUGCUGCCCAAGCCGCUGCAGCCGGCGCUGCUGCACACGCACGCCGUGUUCGUCGCCCUCUACCUGGUCGGCUUCUUCCUGGAGAAGCGGCCGUGCAUCGUGUGCACGCUCGUGUUCGCAGCCUCGAUGCUGGUGUUCUGCUCGUCGGGCCCCGGCGGGUGCCUCAUCUGGGGCGUCGGCUGCGAGGAGGAUGAGUUCGUCUGACCGACCCCGGCGGCGACUGGCACCAUGUGACCAAGUGUGACAGGACGCCGUGUGACGGCGUGUGACAGGUCGUCGCGUCACGGAGUGUCGCGAUGCCGUGUCACAGAGGGUGAUCAAUGAACGCGGUGUGCGGCCGAACCGUGCCGCGCUGGCUACUCAGGGUAUCCGCUGAACGUCGCAGAGGUCACAAGUGCGGGACGCGGACACAAAACUUGGGUCGGCGGCAGGUCUAUGACUGCGGACUUCUACAGUCUUCUGCGGUUCUGACCUUCAGAAUCAGCGACUGCAUAUUCCGAUGGACAGUCGCAGACGGGGAUUGCCCUUGACAAUCGGUACCGCUGGGCCUACUGACAAGAACAUGUCACGUCUUUGUCCGUGACAGAAGCCGUCGUUGCGAAUCAUGAUUUCACCAUCAUUCCUGAUCAUCAAUCUUACCGGAUUCGACAUGAGAGUAUCAUGUGAAGCCUCUGGUACAACGUCACAAAAAGUCGACGUCGGCAUCACACAUUUAACAAAUAAGGAUUCGGCUCAUGCUGAUUACGCAGAGGUGAAUGUCGGAAAAUCUGAGAUUGCCUUCUGUUUGCGUGAUGCUGGUGAUUUACGCAGAAGUAUGGAGUCAUCCGAACCGCAAGCCGGGUGGAAAGUUUGGGGUCAUUGGAAGGUGAAGAGCGGUACCUGAAGAUAAAAUUGCGUUUAUUUACCCUUCACCUGUCAGUGAUGUGAUGGCUUAACAAACCAUCAGACAUGUAUUCGGCGUUCUCUGAUUGUCGGCUCCGAAUGUUAUCGAAGGAGGUUGGCUUUGGCGCUGGGACGCCUUUUAAUCACUCAGUGUAUGUGCUAUUGAUAUGUUAGAAUUGCAAGGGAUUAGUUGGCAUUAGUUCAUUGUAAUUUAUUUAUUUAAAUGGUAGUGUGAUGAACUCGCAUCCUUUGUACUUUCAGUUCAGACAUUACCAGACACACAAAAAAUAGUUACAGAAUGUCUUAGAAAAUAGUUUUCUUGCCAGCAUAGUACUUGAAGCACUGAUACUUGUGUCCGAAUUUUCGCCGCAUCGGGCGGUCGUUUUGGGUCAAGUUGCACGGCCUUUGCAACGGUACCUUCCGGUCGUGUCCUCCUAAAAAGUCUCCAUGGAGCUGGACUGGCUCGAUGGGACCGAAACUGGUUUACCUGGUGCUUGCCUCCUGCUGUAAUCGAACCUGGCCGGUGGGGUGACCCUGGAGUGUGACUACCGGUCCGACGGGGCGCGGGGCACGGGGGAGGGGAGGAAACUGGUCACACCGCAAACUGUGAUUGUGUUGCGAGAGGCAGGCACGCCUCGACUCUCUGUGAUUGUGUGUAAUGUGCCGAAUUUACCAGUCAGCGUUGGUGGACGGUGGUAUCCACUGUUAAUAUUGUGUGCUGUGCUUUGUGAGGGCUCCAAGUACCCGACCGCAGCGGUUGCCAUUCGCCCUUUCACCGUGUACUUUGACCCUGUGUCGAUACUGUGCUCAACCGUGUGUGUCUAUAUCUGAUUGCAAUACAUGGCUCAUGUUUA